CGCUUGCAUCGCCAUCACCGAGAUUGCUUGCUCUUGCUCUGUUCUGUUCAUAGCGGCAAGGAGAGGAGACGGAACACUGUUUCAAACCAUCCCAGGAGACCGGAGUGAUAUGAUGGAGGUCGAGUACCACGGCGAGGAGACGAUGAUGGCAGCAGCGGCGGAGGAGGGGUGGCAGACGCCGAGGCGCGAGGACUGCCGCAUCCCAGUGGUGCCGCCGUGCCCGGCGGCGCCGCCGAGGAAGAAGGCCGUCGCGCUGCCGGAGCUCGGGGGCAGCGGCAAGCGCCGGGAGCCGCCCAAGGGCGGCUACUUCCAGCCGCCGGACCUCGAGGCCCUGUUCGUGCUCGCGCCGCCGCGGAGGCAGGCGGCCUCCAGCUGCGCGUGAAUUUGCGUGCCUACGUGCGCGCGCGCCGGCGGCGAUGGUCCGGCCGCCAGUGCGGUUGGUGAACCAGCGAUAGCUAGUGUAGGGUGUAGGGGAUUCAGCGGCAGCAGCACAUCUUUGUUUUUGGUUUUUGGAGGAGAAAAUGGGUGUGCAGGCAUUUGUUGCUGUGCUUUUGUGUGUGUGAUCCUGCUAGGACUUAGGGAGUCGAUUAGGAGUGGUUUUGGUAGACGUUGUGGCAGUGUGCAAUCUGUACGUGCAUGCAAGAUUAUGUAAAUGUUCAUGCAAGUUGCCGUGGGGGCCUUGUGUUACUCCCCCUUUUCUUCGGAA